AUGGUGGGAACGAGCUCCAUUCCUAGUGUAAAACAAGGCUUCCUGGACUUGGAGCAGGAUAAGUUGCAGCUUCAUCUCCAGAAUUUCCGGACUGGUAAGACCAACCUCCUGGUGGCAACGAGUGUACUCGAGGAAGGUAUAGAUGUACCGGCAUGCAAUCUGGUAAUAUGCUUUGACAAGCCUACGAAUCUCAAGGUGUUCAUUCAACGCCGUGGCAGGGCCAGAAUGAAGUCAUCACGUCUGGUGCUUCUGCACGAAGCACAAUCUGCAUCACUGACCGAGUGGGAAGAGCGAGAAAAGGAGAUGAAGAGGCGUUAUGAGGACGAGAUGCGAGAGCUUGUACAGAUUGAGGAGCUGGAGCACUCAGAAUCUCCUAACUAUCCCAUUCUCUCUGUAGAAGAGACAGGAGCCCGACUGACGCUGGAUGAUGCCAGGUCGCAUCUGGAACACUUCUGCGCCACUCUCAGCUCUAGAAAGUACGUCGACUGGAACCCCGACUAUAUCACAGAAAAGGUCAUCGUAGGCUCAGCAACACUGCUAAGAGCGACCGUCAUUCUUCCAAUCUCACUUCCUGAGGGUCUUCGCCGAGCUCAGAGUAUUCAAGCCUGGCAAUCAGAACAAAAUGCUUGGAAAGAUGCCGCAUUCCAGGCAUACAAAGCGCUCUUCAAUGCUGGAUUGGUUAAUAAGCAUCUUCUACCGUUGAAAGAGUCCGACCUGGCAAAAGAUGUCGAGGCUCGGCCUGCCAAGGUGCCAUUUGACCCGGAACGAAUGAGCGAGGGCCUCGAGUAUCUCAUCAGGGACGUGGUCAACACGCCUUAUUUCUACCGUGGCAUACUACCAUCCAAACCGCCAAUCGAAUCUGUGCAACAGAUCUAUCGCAACUUCGAAGAGUCCCCCGAAGACACGCCGUACCUCAGUCUCGGAAGAUGGCCCAAGAAGACAGGUUUUUUCCAUCGACCUCUCCCACCCACAGAGAGCGUCAAGAGCACCAGGCCUCACCCCCGUGUCUUACCUGCCGUUGAUGCCAGAGCCGAUACUGUACCAUUGGUGUACGCCCAAUUUGGCUUACUUAUUCCAUCAAUCAUUCACUAUUUCGAGCUGUACCUCGUGGCGGCUGAACUAAUGUCAACUCGACUGAAGAGCCUUGAACUGUCUAGCAUCGAUUCUGUCGUCGAAGCUAUCUGUGCCACCAGUGCCAGAGAGCCAGUGAAUUACGAGAGGAUCGAAUUCGUGGGGGACUCCAUACUCAAGCUGUGUGUCACAGUGAACAUUUCGGCAGCCCGUCUCGACUGGCCAGAAGGUCUACUAUCGCCCCUGAAAGACACGUUUGUUAGUAACUCAAGUUUGUCCAAGGCUGCAGAAGCUACUGGUCUGGAUCAGUUCAUUAUCACAAGGCAGUUGACACUCAACAAAUGGAGACCUCCGUAUGUGGAUGACCUGGUGGCUGUGCCACAGGGCCUCAGUAAUACACGGCGACUAUCCACAAAGACUCUGGCAGAUGUUGUCGAAGCCUUGAUCGGCGUUUCUUGGGACGAUGGCGGGCUGCCAAAGGCCCUGAAAUGCAUCUCACUGUUCCUGCCCCCGAAACCAAAAAUGCUCAAUUGGAUGCCUUUGGAAACUUGCAGGGAGAUCUUGUACAACCAUGCGCCUGACAACAUGGCGCUACCGUCCACCCUCGAGCCUCUGGAGAAGCUUCUGGGGUACACCUUCCAGAAGAAAUCACUGCUCGUCGAAGCCAUGACCCACGCGUCAUACAAUGUGCCAGGAAUCAAGGCAUGUUUCGACCGCCUCGAGUUCCUAGGCGAUGCAAUACUCGACAACCUGGUAGUCAAAGCGGUGUUUGACCACGACAAACCCAAGCUUGAGAAUUUCCAGAUGCAUCUCCUGCGCACUGCCCUCGUAAAUGGCGACAUCCUCGGCUUCCUCGUCAUGGAAUGGAGUCACAAGCAGCAACGCUUCGACGUCGACAUAGCCGACGGCAGCGAGCAGCAGGCACCGACGCUCGUGGAGUCGGAGUUCGAUCAACCCCUGUGGAGCUUCAUGCGCUUCUCGUCCACCGAGCUCGCGCUUGAGCAGGAGAAGACGAUGAGGCGCCACGCCGAGCUGCGCGGCCGCAUCAUCGCCGCGCUGCGCAGCGGCACACACUACCCCUGGACGCUGUUCGCGCGGCUGCGCGCCCAGAAGUUCUUCUCGGACAUCUUCGAGAGCCUGAUCGGCGCCGUGUGGGUCGACUCGGGGUCCAUGGAUCAGUGCGCCGAGCUGCUUCGGCGGGCGGGCAUCUUGCCGUAUCUGGAGCGUGUGCUGCGGGACGACAUCCACAUCCUCCACCCGAAGGAGGAGCUGGGGCGGCUGGCAGACAGGGAGACUGUCAAGUACGUCGUCGAGACGGCGCAGAGGGAUGAUGGCGACCCGGAGUUUGCGUGCAAGGUCUACGUUGGCGACCGGUGCGUUGCAGAUGUCCAAGGCGCUUACUAUAAGGAGGAGGCGAGGACUAUGGCUGCUGAGGUUGCGGUUCACAAGAUAAAAGCAGAGAAGGCGGUACAAGAGCCUAGUUGA